GCUCGUCUUUCAAAUAGUCCCACUUUGCUCCCCUUUCUCGAGUGUCACGACAAAUCCAUCCAUCCAUCCGUCUUCAACUCAGUCAAUCCCUUAAAGCCCAACUUCGCCUACCGACACCUUCAAACAAUCAAGUAUCGCACGAAGCAACCAUGUCUCUCAAGCACGCCGACUUCCCCUCCUCCACCGCCUUCGACGCCAUCUCCACCUCCCUCACCUCCAACCCCUCAUCCCUCCAACCCCUGCUCAAAUCCGCAAACGCAAUCUUCGCCUUCGAACUGAAAAACCCGGCCGGCAACGUCGAGCACUGGUACAUCGACCUCAAAGAGACGGGCAAAGUCGGGCGGGGCCAAACCGCGCCCGAGGGCAAGAAACCCACAGUCACAUUGGUCCUGUCGGAUAAGGAUUUCGGCGAACUGGUGCAGGGGAAGGCGAAUGCGCAGAAGUUGUUCAUGGCGGGCAGGUUGAAGGUCAGGGGGGAUGUGAUGAAGGCGACGAAGUUGGAGCCGGUUCUUAAGAAGGCGCAGACGCAGGCUAAGUUGUAAGAUGGUGUGAUUGGGAAAGAUGUUGGG